GCAGCUAAUAUUAAGGCGUAAUAAAGAGAAACUGAAAGGCCAACUCCCGGCGCUGUUUGAUACAAUACUGGAAAAACAGAAGGUCAUGACACAGAUUCUAGAAGGCGUCGCAGAGAUGGAGGAGAAUGUGGGUCAGAGGCUGCUGGACUUGGAGGAGCAGAAGAAGCACAGGAAGAAGGAGCUGGAGAAUGUGGAGGAGCAGCUGCAGCAGUGCAUGGCAAAAAGUCAGAUCACAGACUCAGAAUUGCAGUUUCUGCAGUCAGAGCUGGAGAGUUUGAGGAGCUCAGAGAAGGAACUUGAGGCUCUUCAAAAUGAGGUGGAUGAAGACACCACUGAGAUUAUCCCAUCAGCUGUAUACGUGGCUCAGCUGUAUCACCUAAUAACCAAGAUCAAGUGGGAAUAUGACACCCCGCCCAACAUUUUGAAAGGAGGUAAGAAGCUUUGAACAGACUCCGUUAUGACCGGAUCUUC